UUGGUGACCUUCACCUCUUGACCUAAUGACAGGGCAGUCGAAACAUGGCGCUUCAAAAAAGAAGAAACAGCUUUUACCGUACUUUGAAAAAUGUCGAGCCCGAUUUAGAGGAUUUAGUUUAUGACAGGGGUGCUUCUGCUGCUGCACAGAAUAAAUGGCUGUUUGAAAUAGCUUGGGAAGUUGCUAAUAAAGUUGGGGGUAUUUACACUGUUAUAAAAACCAAGGCACCAGUGACUGUAGAGGAAUGGGGUGAACAAUGCUGCUUGAUAGGGCCUUACAAUGAAGCCUGUGUACGCACAGAGGUAGAAGUGUUAGAGCCCCAUCAUCAUGUAUUUCGUGAAACUAUUAGCAACAUGAGAAAAGCUGGCAUCAAGGUAUAUUUCGGUCGUUGGCUGAUUGAUGGCUACCCCAAAGUUGUAUUGUUUGAUAUUGGUUCAGCAGCAUGGAAACUAGAUGAGUUCAAGCAUGAGCUUUGGGAGACAGCUAACAUCGGUGUUCCCUGGCACGACAGGGAGUCCAACGAUGCUGUUAUAUUUGGAGCGCUGGUAGCAUGGUUUUUAGGUGAUUUCAUCAAAAAUACUCAGUCUGAUCCUAUGGUGACUGCACAUUUCCAUGAAUGGCUUGCUGGAGCUGGUCUUAUUUAUACACGCACAAGGAAGAUCAAUGCUGCUCUAAUAUUCACUACCCAUGCUACUCUGUUAGGAAGAUAUCUCUGUGCUGGGAGUGCAGACUUUUACAACAAUCUUGAUAAGUUUAAUUUGGACAAGGAAGCUGGAGAUCGUCAAAUCUAUCAUCGUUACUGCAUGGAGCGAGCUGCUGUGCAUUGUGCACAUAUCUUUACAACAGUGUCAGAAAUCACAGGUGUAGAGGCAGAAAAUCUUCUGAAAAGAAAACCUGAUGUGAUAACUCCUAAUGGACUGAAUGUGGUCAAGUUUAGUGCAUUGCAUGAAUUCCAGAAUCUACAUGCAAUAAACAAGGAGAAGAUCAAUGAUUUUGUCAGAGGACAUUUUUAUGGGCACUUUGACUUCGAUUUAGACAAAACUCUGUAUUUAUUUACAGCAGGUCGCUACGAGUAUUCUAACAAAGGAGCUGAUAUGUUUAUAGAAGCAUUAGCAAGACUGAACUAUUAUCUUAAGUCCUGUAAUAGUGAUGUGACCAUUGUGGCUUUCCUUAUUUUCCCUGCAAGAACCAAUAAUUUUAAUGUGGAAUCUUUAAGAGGUCAAGCCAUAGCUAAACAGCUUAAAGACACAGUGAACAGUGUUCAAAAUCAAAUAGGAAGAAGACUUUUUGAUAUUUGCCUGAGGGGCAAUUUACCAAGUGGAGAUGACAUACUUGUACAAGAAGAUAUAGUUAAAUUAAAGAGAUGUAUUUAUGCAGCACAGAGAAAUAGCCUUCCACCAAUAUGUACACACAAUGUAGUGGAAGAUUCAAAUGAUCAAGUUCUCAAUCAGAUACGGAGAUGUAGUUUAUUCAACAAUCGCCAUGAUAGAGUCAAAAUUGUUUUUCAUCCAGAAUUUUUAAAUUCUACCAAUCCUCUCUUUGCUCUGGAUUAUGAAGAUUUUGUACGGGGCUGUCAUUUAGGAGUCUUCCCUAGUUACUAUGAGCCUUGGGGCUACACACCAGCUGAGUGUACUGUGAUGGGUAUUCCAAGUAUUACUACAAAUUUAUCAGGAUUUGGUUGUUUCAUGAAUGAUCACAUAGUAGAUCCCAAAUCCUAUGGCAUCUAUAUUGUUGACAGACGAUUCAAAAGUCCAGAGGAGUCUGUACGAGAAUUGGCUCAGUAUAUGUUUGACUUUGCUUGCCUUUCAAGAAGACAAAGGAUUAUACAAAGAAAUAGAACUGAAAGAUUAAGUGAGAUGUUAGAUUGGAGAAACCUGGGUGUUUAUUAUAGAAAAGCUAGAAAUCAGGCUCUUACCAAAGUGUUUGGGGAAAGAGCUGGCACAGAUAUUGCUACGGACAAAUCUGACUUCAAGAUGUCCAAGCCAGCAUCAGCACCUCCUUCCCCAUCAUCAACCCGGGCUUCAACACCCCAGGCUAGUGAUGUGGAAGAUGAAGAUGAUACACACCUGUAUGAUGAUGAGGAAGAAGCUGGCAUUCAGUUUAAGGCUGAGAAGACUGCCACACCAACCGUUGCUUCCACCUAACAUGUCAUUUGGUGUUGCUGAUAUAUUAAGAAACAUCACAUUUUCUAAAUGUUACUGGCAUCCAUUGUACCACUGCCAUCUAUUUGUCCAAAUGUUAAAGCUCUAUUAUUUAUUAGACAAGUACUUGUGUUAAUAAGUUUUAUGAUUCAUCUCUGUAACAUCAUUAUGAUGUACCCAUCAUUUGAACCAGUAUUAGUUCUAAGUUUAAAAAGAGAAUACUAGAUAGUGUGAUGCACACCUAAGGUUAGUGUUGUACUUUGUUGUUAGUCAGAGUACUGCCUGAUUUUUUAUGUCAAAUACAUUUAUAAAAAAAAGAUAUAAUUUAAAUUGUUUCCAAAUAAUUUUAUAAUUUGUAUUAUAUUUCUACUUAUAUGAUUUACAUAUUCAGAUUAUAUAGCAUUAUAUUUAUUUUCUUCAAGCAAUAUGAGGAUGUGUGUAUUAAAAGAUGUGUGAAGCUUUCAAAUCUAGAAUAAUUAUCUAAGAUAUUUUAUACAACUUUGCUGUUGCAGAGUGAAUGUGAUGAUUAUGAAAUCUCUUCUGAGCAUGUUCAAUUCUUAGUUCUGCUUGUAAAUAUUGCUUAUCACGUUCAUUGCAGAGUUUGUUUUUCCUCUACCAUGUCAGUGCUGUGUUAUUUUUGUGUACAUUUCUGCUUCUUUUAACUUUGUGGGGCUAACAAGUAGAAAUAGUGUACAGUUGGUCUGACAACUAAAUUUUUUUUUGUUUUUUGUUUUGAAAUAUAUUAAUUAAUUAGGUCUGUUGCUAAAAUUAAGUGAACUAUAAUUGAAGGCUAUUUAAUCAUUGAAUGUUAUGAUAUGAUUUUGCACUGUACACUAAUCAAUGUUUUUUUUUAUCUACAUGUAGCUCUCAGUUUAGGAUAAAUCUAAUCUCCCUUUCCAGCCUACUAAUUUUUAAAACAUUGAUUCUGCAUUUCAAUCCAGUGAUAUUUAUCAUAAGACAUGUUGGACAAACUUUGACCUUGCUGAUUUUCAAUGUUCCUACAGCUAGUACUUUCUGUGUCCUCUGUCUCCAGUGCUUCAGUUAGAAAUGAAAAGAAAGUGAAAUAUACUUCUGUUGGUAAUGACUGCAAGAAAACAAGCUGUGUGAUAAUUAAUUUGUAUUACAAACAUCAAGGAUUUGUAUUUAAAAUCAAUAACAUUUCUCUGUACAUUAAAACUUUGAAUUCUUAAGCAAAUAUCCUUAUUAAUGUCUGUCAAUGAUGUUUACAUUGAAAUGCAAUAUUUGUAACUUUUGAACUAGGUUCUAUUACCCAAGAAACUUAACUGCAUGAACUUAGAUGUAUUCAUUGAUAAACAAAUGUCAUCUAAUGACCUCUACAAUAAAAUUGUUGAACUAAGUCA